AUGGCUAAUGGUGGUGGAGAGUGUUUGGCCAUGAGCAUGCUAGUUCAAGACUAUGGCCAUGAGCAUGGCGGAGUAGAAGCCGCAGCGCACGCCGCGCUAGCCCACCACGCGCUAGCCCACGGCGCAGCGCGCGACGAAGCCCACCACGGCGCCGGAGUACAAGCCGCCGACGCAGCCCUCCGCGGCGCAGCCCUCCGCGGCGCAGCCCGCCGCGGCGCAGCCCGCCGCGGCGCAGCCCGCCUCGGCGUCGCAGCAACAGCAGACGAAGCCCUCCGCGCCGCAGCCCGCCUCGCCGCAGCCCGCCUCGUGGAAAUUCACGUCGCCGCAGCCCGCCUCGGCGCAGCCCAGUCAGGCGUAGCCCGCUCCGUCGGCCCAGCCCUCGACGCAGCCGCAGCCGCGAUGGCAGAGAGGGCCGGAGCCCUGGUCGAGGCGAUGACGGCCGUGGUGCCUUGGACAGAAAGCAAGCUAGGCGAAACUGAUGCCAGUAAUGAUGGCAAAUUGGGUGCGACACAGGGCGACACAAAGAAUGAAGGCAGUGGCAUUCUUACCGCUGACGUAUUGGCAGAGGCUGCCAAGAGGGCCGCCCUGGCACGUGCGAAUGCCAUCAAGACGCUGCAUGCCUCAAGAGAUAGAGCUUGUGUCUUCUUCUUGCAGGGACACUGCAAGCUCUACUCCAAGUGCACCAACUUUCAUCCUUCUGAUGAGGCUGAGAAGCAGCGAUGGCUUGAUGAUUACUUUGCCACGAAGUGUAUGCUAGCCGAGCGCUGCACCACUCCGGCAUGCCUCUACAGUCACCCUGGGCAGGUGAGAGGUCAGCCGCCACCGGGUGGUACCAUAGAAGAUGCGGAACAGCAGGACGCGCAGUUCAAGGCUGAAAAGGCUGCACGAGACAAGCUGAAGGUCGCACAGGAGACGGCCAUGAGCAAAAACCAGUCUGGCGAGCAAUCUUCACACCUCUCCGAGGCAGCCAGCCACGCGGCCAUGAAGCUGGGCUUGAACCGACCCCCUCCACCACCACCACCUGAACUGCUAGCUGUUUCAGGGCAAGACCUGCAAACACCGGGUGAGGCAGCUGAUGACCCGAUGGAAGCAGAGAUCCGCCGGAUGAUGCAACAGCAGCAACAGGAAUACCAAGCAAAGCAGAUUGUCCAGGGCUCCGCUACAAUGAAGGCUGGCAGCCCAAUGCCUCCCAGUCCCUUGGCCAGAGAGUGGAAUGACAAAAGCUCCCAGGAAGAGGGCGGGUGCCCCACAACACCCGGCUCAAAUAUGUCUAGAACAACUCCUUUGUCAAAAGCUGCCAAAUGA